UGCAGAUGUGAUCUCUUUAUUGCAGCUCAUGACUCAUUGGUGUCACCUCCAAACAGGCCACAGAAAUAGUACAUACGGGCCUUUAUAGCCUCGCCUGCUGCGUUCAAAGGUCAGCCCAGGUGCUGAGGCGGAUGAUUGUCUUUGGGUGGAGCUGUGUGCGUCUUGCCCCGCUCGGAUGGCCGCACUGAAGGUAAACCUGUCGUUCUUUUAGUGAUAGUAACCAAGCUGAUCCUCCCACGUCACUGCGAGUGAUCUACAGCCGAGUUCAAAGGACACCAGCCCUGCCCUUGAGUCUGCCAGCCAGAGCGCAGCGCCGGUCUUUAUCAGGUGGAGGUUCUGCUGGAAGUCGGCCACUGCAGCCUCGGUCAGCCUGGGAAACACUUUCUUCUACUGGAGCUCGCCCACCAAACAGAGCCAAGAUGCCCAAAACAGUCAACGUGCGCGUCACCACCAUGGACGCAGAGCUGGAGUUCUCCUUCCAUCCAAACACAACAGGGAAGCAGCUCUUUGACCAGGUUGCCAGGACCAUCGGACUUCGUGAAACUUGGUACUUCGGUCUGCAGUUUGUUGACGCCAAAGGUUUCCUCACAUGGCUGAACUCUGAGAAGAAGGUGAUGGUCCAGGAUCCAAAGAAGGAGACCCCCCUGCAGUUCAAGCUGAGGGUCAAGUUUUACCCCGAGGACGUGUUCGAAGAGCUGAUCCAGGACGUCACCAGGAGGCUUUUCUUCUUGCAGGUGAAAGAAGACGUCAUGGGAGACGACGUGUACUGUCCACCUGAGUCCGCCGUGCUGCUGGCCUCCUACGCCAUCCAGGCCAAGUACGGGAACUACGACAGGUCGGAACAUCCGAGGGGUUACCUGGCCUCUGAGCGCCUGCUGCCAAAGAGAGUGCUGGACCAACACAAGCUGUCCAAAGAUCAGUGGGAGGAGAGGAUCCAGAUUUGGCACGAGGAGCACAGAUACAUGAUCAAGGAGGAGGCCAUGAUCGAGUAUCUGAAGAUCGCUCAGGACCUGGAAAUGUACGGCGUCAACUUCUUUGAGAUCAAGAACAAGAAGGGAACAGACCUGUGGCUGGGAGUGGACGCUCUGGGGCUGAACAUCUACGAGAAGCAGGACAAGCUGACCCCAAAGAUCGGAUUCCCCUGGAGUGAAAUUAGAAACAUCUCUUUCAAUGAUAAGAAAUUCAUCAUCAAGCCCAUAGAUAAGAAAGCUAGUGAUUUCAUUUUCUACGCUCCGAGGCUGCGAGUGAACAAGCGCAUCCUGCAGCUGUGCAUGGGAAACCACGAGCUGUACAUGCGCCGCCGCAAGACCGACACCAUCGAGGUCCAGCAGAUGAAGGCUCAGGCCAAACAGGAGAGGCUGCAGAAGAAGAUGGAGAGGGAACAGCUGGAGGGCGAGAAGAAGAGGAGAGAGGCCAUCGAGAAGGAGAAGGAGAACAUGGAGAGAGAGAAGCAGGAGCUGAUGGCGAAGCUGUACGAAUUCGAAGAGACGACCAAGAGAGCAGAGAGAGAUCUUCAGGAGCAGCUGGAGAGGGCCAUGAGGCUGGAGGAGGAGAGGAGGAGGGUGGAGCAGGAGGCGGCCCGGCUGGAGGCUGAGAGGAUGGAGGCCAUAAUCGCCAAGGAGGAGCUGGCCAGGCAGGCGGAGGACCAGAUAAGGAACCAGGAGCAGCUGGCCGCAGAGUUGGCCGAGUACAGCGCCAAGAUCCUCCUGCUGGAGGAGGUCAAGAGAGCCAAGGAGGAAGAGGCUGAGUCAUGGCACAGCAAGGCUAACGAAGUGGAGGAGAGUCUGAUAAAGAUGAAGGAAGAGCUCAUCAUCGUGUCGAGCUCUUCCAACUCCACUCCCCCUCCUGCUCCCGCUCCCGCCUCCUCCUCCUCCUCUUCCUCCUCUUCGUCCUCCGACGAGAGCGACCACGAGCACAGCGAGGAGCACAGCGAGGAGCACAGCACCUACGAGGCCGAGCUGCAGACACAGGACAUCAACGACCACCGCCUGGAGGAGGAGAGGCUCACCGAGGCCGAGAAGAACGAGCGCCUGCAGAAACAGCUGCUGGCCUUGAGCUCAGAGCUGGCUGACGCCCGACACGACAGCAAGAAGACCCAGAUGGACGUCCUCCACGCCGAGAACGUCCGAGCCGGGCGCGACAAGUACAAGACCCUGCGUCAGAUCCGUCAGGGCAACACCAAGCAGAGGGUGGAUGAGUUCGAGGCCUUGUAGGGAACCUCGGAAACCCCACAAUCCCUCUGUCAGAUCCCUCAUGAGGGCCCCGUUCAGCCAUGUUUUACUCACCUGAUUUUAAAAGACCCGCAGAAACAUGCAGCUGGCUCGUGUAAAAGAACCUCCAUGAGUUUAAUUUUAUUGGUUUAACUUUAAGCUUGAAAGCACUAUUAUUUUUUGUUUUUCUUUGUAACACUCAAACAUCUCCAAAAGUGCUGUUUGGUCCCAUGAAACAUUAAAAUAUUCAAAUAUA